CAUGGCGAGCCGAGGGGCUCGUCAGCGCCUGAAGGGGAGCGGGGGCAGCGGCGGGGACACGGUUUCGGCCGCCGACAAGCUGCGGGAGCUGCUGUGCAGCCGGGAGGCGAGCGGCGCGGAGCCACGGACCGAGUUGUCUGGGAACAAAGCAGGACAGGUCUGGGCACCUGAGGGAUCUACUGCUUUCAAGUGUCUGCUCUCAGCAAGGUUAUGUGCUGCUCUCUUAAGCAACAUCUCUGACUGCGAUGAAACCUUCAACUACUGGGAACCAACACACUACCUCAUCUAUGGGAAGGGGUUUCAGACUUGGGAGUAUUCCCCUGUUUAUGCAAUUCGCUCCUAUGCCUACCUGUUGCUUCAUGCCUGGCCAGCUGCAUUUCAUGCAAGAAUCCUACAAACUAACAAGAUUCUUGUCUUUUACUUUUUACGAUGUCUCCUGGCUUUUGUGAGCUGUAUCUGUGAACUUUACUUUUACAAGGCUGUGUGCAAGAAGUUUGGGCUGCAUGUGAGUCGGAUGAUGCUGGCCUUCUUGGUUCUUAGCACUGGCAUGUUUUGCUCAUCAUCAGCGCUCCUUCCUAGCAGCUUCUGUAUGUACACCACGCUGGUAGCCAUGACUGGCUGGUAUUUGGACAAGACUUCCAUUGCUGUGCUUGGAGUGGCAGCUGGGGCUAUCUUGGGCUGGCCAUUCAGUGCUGCCCUUGGUUUACCCAUUGCCUUUGAUUUGCUGGUCAUGAAACACAGGUGGAAGAGUUUCUUUCAUUGGUCUCUGGUGGCCCUAAUACUCUUUCUGGUGCCUGUGGUGGUCAUUGACAGCUACUACUACGGGAAGCUGGUGGUGGCACCACUGAACAUUGUUUUGUACAAUGUCUUUACUCCUCAUGGACCUGAUCUUUAUGGUACAGAACCCUGGUAUUUCUAUUUAAUUAACGGAUUUCUUAAUUUUAACGUAGCCUUUGCUUUGGCUCUUCUGGUCCUACCACUGACUUCUUUGAUGGAGUACCUACUGCAGAGGUUUCAUGUUCAGAAUUUAGGCCACCCGUAUUGGCUUACCUUGGCUCCAAUGUAUAUUUGGUUUAUAAUUUUCUUCAUCCAGCCUCACAAAGAGGAGAGAUUUCUUUUCCCUGUGUAUCCACUUAUAUGUCUCUGUGGUGCUGUGGCCCUUUCUGCACUUCAGAAAUGUUACCACUUCGUGUUUCAGCGAUACCGUCUGGAGCAUUACACUGUGACGUCGAACUGGCUGGCGUCAGGAACGCUCUUCCUGUUCGGCCUCCUGUCCUUUUCCCGCUCUGUGGCACUGUUCAAAGGGUAUCACGGGCCCCUUGAUUUGUAUCCAGAAUUUUACCGAAUUGCCACGGACCCAACCAUCCACACUGUCCCAGAAGGCAGGCCUGUGAAUGUCUGUGUAGGGAAGGAGUGGUAUCGAUUUCCCAGUAGCUUCCUUCUGCCUGAUAAUUGGCAGCUUCAGUUCAUUCCAUCAGAGUUCAGGGGCCAGUUACCAAAACCUUUUGCGGAGGGACCCCUGGCCACCCGGAUUGUUCCUACUGACAUGAAUGACCAGAACCUGGAGGAGCCAUCCAGAUACAUCUUCAAAGUUGCUGCGGGCAUUCUAUGUCCCCUUCCUGUCAGAUCAGUAUACAGCGUAUGCAAACUACACCAUCCUCAAACCCCGGAAAGCAAAGCAAAUCAGGAAGAAAAGUGGAGACCGGAGAAGAGCAGAGCCACCUUACAGGAAGAAUUGAAAAUCUCUGAACUGGAUGGCUGCAUUAAACUCUCUCUCCAUACUCUGGCCUGGCAUCUGAGAACUAGCAAGCCUCUUUUGGGCCACACAGGCUUCUCCACCAAAGCUGUUUGGCAGCUCUUAGCAGACCUUACUCAAGUCCUAGUGCUGAAAAUGAGCACAGCCUAAUUGCCAACCUACAUGUCCUUUUCACCUCGUGCAGGACUAAGCUUCUCUAAAGCACUUCACAGGACGAGGACCCUGUCCUGGAGAUAUCUCAGGAAAAAGGCAACCAUUUGAGGAACUGUAAUCUAAUUUCAUUAUGUAGGAUGCCUCUUAUUCUCAGUUUAUUUCCUAUACAACAAACUGUGUUAAGUUUUCGCAUGCUGUUUCUUGAAUUCCAGACUUUUCUGUAUAAAAGCAUCAGCCGAGUAGACCAUAACUGUAUAGGACAUAUUUGGGGAAAAUUAAUUCGAUCACUUGGUAGGUAGGUUUGGAUGACCUCACAUUUUUAAGUAAUGGAUGAAUUCCCGCCCCCCCCCCCUUUUUUUAAAGAACCCUAGUGGAAAAGGCCACUGUAUAUUUACAGCACGUAUUUUUGAGUCUAUCUAUUGCAAAGCACAUUCUGCAUGGGGCACUUCUAGUCAAAUAGGCAAUGAUAAGGACUUAAUUAAAGUGUAAUGAGUAUAUACUGUUACUUUACAUACAGUAUUUCACUGUUUACAAAGUACUUUCACAUGAUCUCGUUUGGUCCUCACGGUCACAGUGUGAGGCAGGCAAGACAAGUGGUUUGGUCCCCAUUUUAUAGGUGAUGAAACAGGCUUUGGGGGGUGGUGGGGAAGGGCAAGUGGCUUGCCCAAGGCCACAGUAAGUAACAGAGCUGGGACUAGAACGUGGGUUCCUGAACUUCUUCCCCAAAGCUCUUCCAUACUUCCUCUCUUGACUCCGAAGACAUUGGAAGACAGAGCGAUGGUGUUGGCUAGAGACCUGACUGAUAAUGUAACUUUCUAUUUUAAGGAAGAAUUUUAUCUGUGUUUCUUUGAGUUCUUCAGAGCCUCCAUUCUGCCUGUGGGUUAGACCAUCACAGCAGUGCCCCGUGAUGCGGCCCAGCCUGUGUCUGGAAAGUUGUGCUCAUGUUUGGAAGUCCUGCUCUUUUGCAGCCACACAGAAUCUCCUAUCAGUUUCGUUUCUACAUAAUCAAUCUGGGGUCAUAUUAUAGGUGCCUUAUUUCUGUAAAGGUAAUUAUGUCUAGUAAUCUGCAGAGAGGAUGAAGAGAUUUUUCAGAGCUUUCAUCUUUCAUUCUUCAAAGAGAAGGGCUUUUCAACAGGAACUGAUCCCAAGAGAAGAGAAAGGAAGUCACAGGGAAAGAAAUGGCUAGUCAACAUACAAAAAGUCUCCUCCUCGUCGGGAUCCCUCUCAUGGAAUUUCCAGACUGAGGUUGAAGCGCUGGAGAGGAAAUAGGUCUAGACAGUACAGAACAGUAACUGGAGAGUGAAGAUAAAUUGGGGUUCCACUUGCUGCUUUAAAGAUUUCUGGUAUUUAAUUCUCCAUACUUGGUUACUGCUUUCCAAGGCAAAUAUUGGCACAUGUGGUCUGACUACAGGGUAGAGGAUUUGCAGUGAAAUGUCUUGCCACACCUGCAGUAACCAUGUGCUGUCUUGCACAGUGGCUAAAGCCUUCUACUUUUUGCAGGAAAAUAAGAGUCGCUUAAUGGAGGUCCAUGGUGAGUAGCUUUUUUCCUAAUCAAAGUGAUACAGUGAUGGUCUCUUUUCUCACCUUGCAUCUUUAAAAAAAAAAAAAAUCCUUCUGAGUGAGGACUUACUGUAAUAGAGCACAAAAAAAGGUCAUGAUUGAUCAAGGGAUUCCUUGGGGAUGUCUGCUCCUAUCCCUUUUAAAACCUGGUUUUGGUUUCCUCUGUUCUAGGUACAUCUUUAGUGAGAGCACAAUACAUUGUGGAACACUGUGCCAAAUGCUGUGGGUAAGGGAUGUAAAAAUGAAUGUUGUUCAUUUUGAAAAUGAGUAUUUUUCAUGUGAUGUUAUAUAAACACAUUUUUGAAAAGUCUCCAUCUCAGCAAUACAGGGAAGCCAGCUUUGCCUGGGAAAAAGAGUUUCAAAACACCUGGUCAGACAAGUAUUUCUCCUCCAGAGGAUCUGUGUUUAGCAUGAGCUAACUGCUCUGCUCACUUUAAGGAUAAAGUAUCUGAGGUACUUGUCUUUUCACAGAUUGUGGUGUAUUGAGAAAUACGGAGGACUUUGUUUAUUAUUUGUAAUAAACUUUGAUUCUGGAGCUAAAUGAGGGAGUAGGUGUACUUGACCGUUUCAGGGCUUUCUGAUCUCUAAAUUUUAUUUAUUUAUUUUUUAGUAAUCUGUAUGUGGGUCUCGAACUCCCAGCCCCAGCACCAAGAGUCACAUGGUCUUCCCACUGAGCCAGCCAGGCUCUCCCCCGAUCUCUUGAUCUUAAGCAGCUUUAUCUGAACCCCAGAUCUUACGACACUGAGUCCCAUUACUGAACCAGACAGUGUGCUAGGCAUCUAUUAUCAAAGUGUACCUGGCACCUGAGGGCUGUCAUCUGAUAAAACAGAAGACUAGUCAUUUUAAUCUCUUGGGAUAAUCACAGAAAAUGGGAGCCCAUACUCUUUAUUAUUGAAUUCAAGUUUAGAAACAUUGUUUUAAAUCAGGGUGGUUCUUGAUCUCAACCAUUUACUUGGGACAUUUUUGCUGGUUUGGAAUUCUGGGAAAGAACCUUAAAAACUCAUGUGGUUUUGUAGCAUUAUUACAUUUGGAGUGACUGUUGGGUCAAAACACUAGUGGCAAUCCUUUAUUGUGUUUUUGCAUUUCGUGGGAUUUGAAAUAAGAAUUCACUGUGAUUAUGCUGUCUUCUAGCCAGUGUCAGGCACCUCUGCUUUAAUGUGGUUAUUUUUUUCUGAAGAGGGAAAAGAGACACAAUUUAAACUUUGCCUCCACAGCCUAUUAAAGCUCAUGUGUUAAUUCAUUCUUACGUUACUACAUUAAAUGCCUUGAGUAAAUGGAUAGAUGGAUGUAUGCUCAGCUUUAUUCUUUUGCAACAGAAACAUGAGAUUUCAGAUGCCCUCUGGUGUUUUGGUAAAUCUAAAUGAAUGUUGCCUUUAAUUUUUCCAGUACAUACAUUACCAUGUAAUUCAUGCUGCACAUGAAAUCAGGAAGCAGUACAGUGUUGAUGCAAGAGUCUUGUCCAGUUCAUUUGUCUUCCUGAUCCCUGUACUUUAUUCCACGUGUCACUAUUUAUAUCACGUACGUGUGUUUUCUGUAAAAGAAAAAGUUAAAUAAAUCUUGGCAAUUUGA